AGCCACGAAGCCACAAGAGUCCCUGCAACUCGAGGGAAAUAGAUUUCUUUACUCACAAAAUACGUGUGAAUUCAAGAUUAGAUCAGAAUCUUCUUGUGAAUGAAGACAAAGAGAACAAAGCGACUUCACUUUCUGAGCUGUCAUUAGGACUGUCAUUUUUAAUCAUCCGUGUUAUAACUUUUAGAGUAAAAUAAGAGCCGCAUUUUAUACUUAAUAACCCCAUUACCCCCAAUUAACUUCCAUUAAUUAGUACAAAUUCUCCAGCUAAAUCAUACAAACUACCCUAAAAUAAAAUAGAUAGAUAAGAUAUAGCUUUAAAAUGUCGCCAGUUCAACACAUCACUUUCUUCAAUGGCCAAAAAAUACCUAUAAUUGGCCUUGGGACUUUUCAGGCGAGAGAUGAUGAAGUGCGUCAGGCAGUCCAACUGGCCCUCGAAUGUGGCUACAGGCAUUUUGACACUGCCACACUCUAUCGAAAUGAGGAGGCCAUUGGCGACGUGCUCAGCAAGUGGAUCUCGGAGGGAAAGGUCGCCAGAGAGGAUCUCUUCAUCACUACAAAGCUUCCAACAAUUGGUAACCGUGCAGAAAAUGUGACCAAAUUUCUGACAACUUCAUUGAAGAAAUUGCAGCUGAGCUACGUUGACCUUUAUCUUAUACACUUUCCAGUUGGAUGUAAAGGGAAAGACGAAAAUGACCUGCAACCCAGAGAUUCUGAAGGGAAAGUCGUCCUAGACAUGGACACCGAUCAUGAGUGUCUGUGGAAGGCCAUGGAGGAGCAGGUGGAUGCUGGAAGAGCGAAAUCAAUUGGGAUUUCAAACUUCAACAGUGAGCAGGUUGAGAGGAUUAUGAAAUUUUGCCGCAUCCAGCCAGCUAACCACCAGGUGGAAAUUCACGCAUUUCAUCAACAGAAGGAGUUGCGAGCUGUUUGCCAUAAGCAUAAUAUUACAAUGUGUGCUUAUGGGCCUCUUGGUGCUCCUUAUAAGGAAGGGGCCAAACAAAGACCAGUCCUGAAACAUCCUGUGGUAACCUCACUGGCUGCUCGUCUUGGCAAGACGCCGGCACAGAUCCUGCUGCGGCACUUGAUCCAGUUGAACAUUGUCGUCAUACCCAAGUCCUCGAACCCUGAACGUCUCAAGCAGAACUUCGAAGUAUUUGACUUCAAACUGAGCGACAAAGACAUGAGAGAGCUGGACAACUUGGACCAAGGGAGAGAUGGAAAGCUCUUUAUCUUCUCUGAUUCCAUGAUAGGUGUUGAAAACCAUCCAGAAUUCCCAUUCAAAAUUCCAUUUUAGACUUUGGAGCUCCAGCUGGCCACUUUAGGUUCAUCUCAAGAUACUCUUUCUUCUUCUUCUUCUUCUUUGUAUUCUUCUUCUUCUUCUUGCCCCAAAACGAUGAUGUUGAUAAUGUCUUUUGGCAUAUACUUCAGAACAGAAUUUUGUUGUUAAGGAAAAUGAAGCUUUUUCUUCAUACAAAAUAGUAUUGUGGUUAAUUUUCUGUUUUAUAUUUGUGAUUCUUUUUAUAGCUUUACCCUGUACAGAUUGAACAAAAACUGUUGUUAAUGAAUCUGUGAUUUUUUUAAUAGAUUACCCUGUGUUAUGUGUGUUUGCCUCUGUUUUGUCUAGCUAAAAAACAAAGGUCACGUAUUCUCUAUACAUCAUACAUAUAAAAAAAGUUAAAAUUAGAACAAAAAAAAAAGUCCAAAGAAAAUGAACUCAUACAAGAAGUUACUUUCAUUUCUUUUCUGUUUUAACACUGGCUUGCUAUUUUUGUGUUAAAGAGACAGUGCUUUAUUUUCCUGAAAUUGUAUAGAAAAGUCUGAGUCUGAUAAGAUAAGUUUGUUUUUUGUUUUUUUGGUAUUAGAGAGAGAAGAUCCAUUAUGUUGUUAUUCAGAUAAACAAGUAAUGUUACUCUUUGUUUAUUAAAUGUCUGUUGUUAGUAUUCACCAGAUGAAUUGCAACAUAUGUUGUAUUAUAUGACACAUAAAUGUUUAAGUGUGCUUGCAUUGAUAAGAAAUCAUACCUUUGUGAUACACCUCAGGUACAAUAGCCAACAUCAUUACAUGUUGUAUGGAGAUACAGAGAUUGAACUGAUUUAGUUUUAAGGAAAACCAGUUACAGUUUAUCAGCUAGUGACUAUUUCAUUAUCUGGAAAGUAAAUCAUAAUUUUCACUGUUUGAUUUUGCAGUUAUCACAAUGUUUUUCAAGUUAUUGAAUUUUCAUCAAUCUAAAGAAAUAUGCAAUGUCAUUUUGCUUCAUAGCACUGCAUUGUUUUACAGUGAUUGGUGCUGUUGGUUAAAACAUUUCUCUAAAAAGUAACUAUUGUGUAAUGAAAAGGAGUCGUUGAUAAUUUACAAACAUGUAAAUAACAAGACAGAGGUUUUCACCCUACUUGCCUAUAAUUUGCAAUGGCAAAAUUGUAAUUUUUCAUUAAAGGUGAGAUUUUUG